UUCGGUACGCGCGAUACGACGGGAGAGUGUCUCCCUCGUGCAACUCCGGGCAACAUCACGCGACUUCACGUCGGAAAGCCCGCGAUUCCCAAAAGGAGAAGAGGUAGUGAAAAGGGAGAGAGAGGGGACUUCAGGAGGAUCUUCGUAAACUCCGGACCCAGUAGAGAGGAUUGCCGAAGGGGAGAAAAUACAGGGCGAGGAGACAAAGCCCUCGCCAUCCCGACGUUGAUUUCCCGAAGACAUACCCAAGAGAUCGUAAAACUCGAGACGAGUGAUCAGCAACUCCGCCGAGUGCAACCGCGACUCCGAGAGAUUCGCCGUUUCCGAGAAAAAUCGGGUUGAAAUCUCGAGGUGGAGUCUCCCGUCCAUGGCGGGGAACUAGCGCGCCGGUCAGAUCGGUGCGGGCAGUUGGCGAGGCAGGGCAUGCCGCGCAGGUCGGCCUGCGUGAACCAGGAGCCCCGGGCCAUAUGUAUCUAGAGAACCGCGGUGGCUUCGAGGUCGCCGAGGUCGCGGCUAUGCCGUGAGAUCCGUCGAGGUCCCCAGAGGCCCGGGACUAAGGUCGAGAUAAUGCGAGGGAGGAUGCAGGGGCUGUCGCUGGUGGCGCUGCUGACGGUGGCGCUGUUGUCGCUGGCGGUCGAGGCGCAAGCUCGCCACCAGGCGGAGCCACGCGGGAACCACGCGAGGAGGCACCACAUCCGGCACCACCACGAUCCGAGGUCGAGGCGGCACGAUGACCUCGACCCAAGAUGGCGUCGGUGGAAGGAGUACGACGAGGACUACGAGGAGGACCUCUCGAAAGAGGAGGACCUCGACGCCCGGCGGACCUCUGGAUCCCGCAGGACCUCGCGAGGUCACGAGUGGAGUCCAAGAUCGAGGUCGCACCGAAGAGGGUACGAGAAGCCCUGGUACCAGGAGGAGGAGAGAGGAGUGUCCUACCCGGGGACGGGGACCUCCUACCAGGUCGGGAAGGAGAGGUCUCAUCGAGGUCGACCUCAGAGGGAGAGGUCGUACAGGAGGCUGGGGUACCAGCGAAGGAACGAGGACGAGGUGGAGAACGAGGACGAGAGGGCAGAGGUCGACGUCGACGACGAGGGGUACGAGGGGGAGACCGAGGACAGUCUAGAGGACAGGUACUCGAGGUCGAGGACACACGACAGAGGGAGGCGACACAGAUACGAAUAUGAGGAUAACGAUGGCUCGAAGAGGGGGAGGCCUGGGUGGAGGACGGGACAGCGAAGUCAGAGGAGGUCCAGACACAGGGAAGGGGAGAGGUCGGAGAGGAGACCUCAUGCCGGCAGGGGGAUGAUCAACCUGACCUCGGAUCAGGACGAGCUGGGGUGGGAGAACGAGGAUAACGACGAGAACGAGGAGUACGAGGAUGAGGUCGAGGUCUCUAGGGUCGACGCCGAAGACGCGGACGACGAGGACGAGGACGCGAACAAGGACGAGGUCGAGGAUGACGAAGACGAUGGCUUCGAUAACAGCUUUCACGGGGGAGAGGUCAAGCCGCCUUUGAGGACUUUCGAGGACAUUAUCAAGAGGCUGACCUCGGAGGAUCCUACCACGUCGAGGCCGAACCUCAAGAGGGACUACCGGAACAUCGAAAUCGAGAGACACCUCAAAAGAGACGCGUAUGGGAACCUCAGGUACGACCCUAAGGUCGGGAAGAGCCUCCCUUCGGUGACCUCGAGUUCGACCUCAUCGACGAAACUCGGCAGCGCGAGUUAUGCCUACAUGGCCCCGUGGUAUAUCGGGAAUAAGCGUCCCGUUAACAACACCGUGCAGCGCUCUCUCGAAGAGGUUAGGAAAAUCCCGGAAAAUCGGAAGAUCCCGAAGGAACCUAAAAAGAGACCCCCCGCGAAGACGGAGGACCCCAAGGCGAAGAGCGCCGAGCAGGACUACGAGGACUAUAUCAAUGCUCCCGAUAACGAGGACGAGGACGACCUCAUCAAGGCCGGGGUGGAGGAGGACAUGCAGGCCGAUACCAAUGCGGACUACCUGGAAGACGAUAACGAGGACGAGGAGAUCUCGAUGACCACUUCGACGACCACGACUCCGUCGACGACCACCUCGACCACCACUACCACCACGACCACGACGAAACCUCCUUCGAUCUCUCGAUACGAACAUCGAGAUCCCAGGGCCUACGAUUCCGGCACAGGGUCUCAAUAUAAUGGAUAUCAAGCAAAAAAUGAGUAUCCACCUAUGUCGGCACACAGCGUCCACAAAUGGCAAUCGCUGGGCACCAGAGAAGGCGUCAAAGAGACGCGCAGCAAUUUGCAGCAGUACAACAAGAGCGGGAAGGCCGCAGAGAUCAAGGAGGCGUUGCAGCACGCUAUCAAGGUUUCUCGAGAGGGAAGCUGCCAGUGGCCUAGGGCAAGGGUCAUCCCUGUCCGAGAUGUCUAUCCGAGUCCUUCGACCACGUACAUUCCACAUUGCGCGAUCUUGCACAGGUGCUCCGACGACACCGGAUGCUGCAGGUCGGAAGCCCUCACCUGCGUCCCGAAGAACUCGCACCGCGUCGAGCUCUACUUCUACACCACCAGCGUGAGCGGGGCGAGCGUGGUGGAGAAGCUGUCAUUCUACAACCACACCGAGUGCGAGUGUCGUGAAAAGACGGAACAUGACAUGUCAAAUGACAAGCCCUUCGAGCCGGACUAUACAAGGCAUCCCCCCCCUCUGCCCCCGCAGAAUAUCCGACGUCCACCCCAGAGGAAACCGUGCCGAUGUCCCUCGGAGUUUACGCCGAGGAUUACGCCGGAGGGGGAGUGCCAAUGCAACUGUUUCGAAAAUGACCAAGACUGCAUCAAAGCCAGGAGAGGAAAGGGUUACUUCUCCCUGAGAGACAGAUUGUGCAUCCAAAAUGGCGAAUGCGGACUUCCCAUGUGCGAGUAUGGGGAAUAUAUGAGGCGGCAGGGGAAAUGUCCUCGGAAGAGGGACAAAUUCGACGCUAUCGCGAAUCACCACCGGAAUCUCGGACACAGAUUCAGGAGGUAGAGAAGAUGAUUAGAAGAGCGAGACAGUGCUAAGAGGAAGAGGAACGAUGGUGCCAUUUUCUCCAAGUGCCUGCCCAGAGAAAGAGACUCUGUUAUCAUCGGGAUUACCUACCACUGCGAGCUUCCGACGACCCCUGAUUAAUGAUCCUUCGUAAUUUCUACCUUUUCCUAUUUUUUCCUAUUUUUUUCUAUUUUUUUUUGAGCCUCCAGGACGAGUCGCAAGCUCUAAGUGCCAGUGAUCGAAGUCGUCAGUCCGUAAACGACCGCAAAGCUACCGCCAUUUUAUUUUUACCCCUUCAGAUUUAUUUAGACAUCCAAGGAUAUCCGGACGUCGGCGGAUAUCCUUGGACGCGAGCGACAGGACAUCCGAAAGGAUUUUACAUGGGUACUAUUGUAUUUUCGAGACACCUCGAAGAUAUAUGACGAAGAGCAUCUUGAGGUCCGAGAACGUUCAGACUGGAUUUCUUCCCUCAAGAUUCUACGAGAAGGAUAAUUAUCCUGGAGGAUGUCCGAUGGCUCUCCUUCGUACGUAUAGUAAUUUCGAAAAAGUCCUCGGACACGAGCCUAGUCUGAGGCCCUGUCAUUGUUUCUGCGAGCAGGAUAUCUUAUGACACGUCCAAGGACUCGAAGGUCCUGCGGAGAUACAAGGGAAGAUAGCUCCUCGCAGAAUCGCGGCUGGUCCUUACUAUGUAAUCGCAUAUGUUCUUUUUUUUUAUUUCUACCCCUAAGAGAAGAGUCCCCUCCCCGCCCUUAUUGUAUUUAAUCGAGCAUUAACUCUCCCCAUGUCGCGUUUAUUAAUUUAAUAUUUAAUCGGUAGUCCUUAAUCCUUUCGCGUACGCUAAGGAAACCGCGACGAGGGACCUCGUGACUGGAAUUUUCCAGGAUGCGUCAUCGACAUCCUUUUACUUUAAUUCUUCGAGUGAUUUAAAAGGAACAUUUUGUUAACCAGAAAUUGUACAAAGUGAAGUCAAUUUUUGAGGAAUUUUUCUGGAGAAUUUUCCAGGAUGCGUCAUCGAUAUCCUUUUACUUUAAUUCUUCGAGUGAUUUAAAUGGAAUAUUUUGUUAACCAGAAAUUGUACAAAGUGAAGUCAAUUUUUCGUGUCAGUUAAAAAAACAAAAAAAAAGAAGGAAGAAGUGCAACGCUUAAUUUAUGCAACUUCUGAUCCUUGGAUGUCCGACCUUGGCCUGUGCGAAAUCGCACAAAACGAACAAUGUUCGCCGUUUAUGGAGAUCCAUGGACAAUAAAUGCCUUCUUCAAUUAAACAAAGAAUUCCAUUCAGCCAGUCCUCGAAGGCCAGAAGUCUCCAAGGACUAAAUGACAAAAGUUGAUGCAAAUAAAUUCAUAACAAUGAAAAAUCGUCACGCAAGGUGCGUCGUCCUUCGUCGUCGAAAGAAAAAAAUGAAAAAACAAUACUUAGGAAGGAAAUCCCUCGAAUAGUCUCCCCAAUUUGCGACCAGGACUCGCGUCUCCUGAUCCUGUGUAUAAAGGAGUUUUUUACGCUUUUAUAAAUAUAAAAUAAAUAUACCGAAUAUAUAAAUGUAUAGAUAAAUGAUAGCGUGGACGUACGAUAUAAGCGAAGGCCCAGGACGAGGUAUAAUAUGCAAUUGCAGUUGUUUCCUGAUAAAUGCAUGAACGGGGAAUUUAAUUUGGGGAAAACGAGCGUUUUUCGAAAAUGCUCUCGAAAUUUUCCCCCCCUCCUCUUUCUUUUUGCACAUUUUUCGGGGGGCGACUGUAUCGACGUAGGACUAUUUAAUCAGCGAUGGCUAUAACGCGCGAUUAACAUCGUUGCGGUCAAAUGUAUGCUUAGAUUCGCUGAUUGUUUAUCUCUUGAUGUGCCCGCGCAUUCUUUCUUUUUUUUUUAUUUAGUCCCUUUAUUAACGAAAAAUCCGAAAAGUGCGACUAAAGUAGGACGGAAAAAUUGCGACGUGGGAUUUCGAGUCCGUACAAUACGAAGCUGACUUUGUAUUAUUACUUUGUAGACCGUCGUACUAGCCACCGAGUAUAAGUGACUUUUAAAUAAAUAUAUAUAUAUAGUUAGGAAUAUAUAUAGAGAGAUUACGAAAUGUGAAUCUGUAUAAAUAAACGCAUAA